AUGAUGAUGAGCAGGCACCACAUUCCAGCGCAUGGGGACUGGGAUAACUGGGAUGAUCUGCGCAUGGCAGUGAGAGCAGCUUAUCAUCAACAUCACCAGCAUCACCAGAGAAAGGUGAAGAGAGGAGGAGAGAAGCAGAGGAAGCAAUGGAGGGUGUGUGAUGUGGCAGCUCAGACCACAGCAAGGGGAGGAAGAGCUCCCAAGGCUGUGGACGAGGACUUGUACAAGAUUCCACCUGAGCUCCUCCACAAGAAGCCCGAGAGGAAGAUGCUGCUGAGGAGCUUGGUGUCAGGAUGCAUGGGGCUCAACUGCAUUGCUUGAGAGAGAGAGAGAGAGAGAGGAUGUAGAAGUAAUGUAGUGAGGGUGAAGAAGAUGAGCAUCAGUAGAGGUGUAGUUUUUGUAGCACUUUUUUGCAUGUUUCCUUCUUUCAGCAGUGUGG